CUCUCUGGAGCUUUUGUGUGUAUUUUUUUUUUCUGCACCUCUCUCACGAAUACACACGUAAACGAAAAGCGAUACCUUUCCCACCACCUAUUCUCUCUCUGUUCUCCAUUUCCAUACUAUCCCAUGGCCGAGUCCUCACCGCGCAACCAUCAGCCCCGCCAGAGCUCUUCCGGUGGCUCCUCGGAUAUCUCCGUAGAUCUCGAACCUCAUCCUGCCGCAGUCGAUGGCAAUGUGGUUGUGUCAUAUUCUGGCGAGGGGAUUCUUGGGAGUAAUUCAUCAACAAAGUGUCUCCCUGGGCAAGGCCUGAUGGUUAGAAGGUCAGAUGCAAGUUCAAGUUCCAGUGAAAUUAGUAAGUCCAAAGGGAAUCACAAGCUAGGAAGGUUCGCAGCUAAGUUUUCCGACGAGAAAACUCCAUUCAAGAAGAAGCUUAAAUGGCUAAAACAAGUGGCCAUGGUUAAGAAGGAUGGGACUGUACAAUUUGAAAUUCCUGGAAAUAUUAAAUCCCAAAGCUUCGAUUUUUGUACUGGAGUUGCUCCUGCUACUGCUGCUGAUACAGAACCCAGUGAAGAAGUUCAAAAUAUACCUCCACUGCAAAUUGUGAUGCUUAUUGUUGGAACACGAGGAGAUGUACAACCAUUUGUUGCCAUUGGAAAAUGUUUGCAGGGGUGUGGCCAUAGGGUUAGACUAGCAACUCAUGCUAAUUUCAAAGAUUUUGUCUUGACUGCUGGGCUGGAGUUCUUUCCUUUAGGUGGAGAUCCAAAAGUUCUUGCUGGUUAUAUGGUUAAGAAUAAAGGUUUCUUACCAUCAGACCCUUCAGAAAUAUCUAUCCAGCGAAAUCAAAUCAAGGAAAUCAUAUUCUCUUUACUUCCUGCAUGCAUGGAAUCUGAUCCUGAUUCCAAAAUUCCGUUUAAAGCAGAUGCAAUAAUUGCAAAUCCCCCAGCAUAUGGACAUACUCAUGUUGCGGAGGCACUAAAAGUACCACUUCAUGUAUUUUUCACAAUGCCAUGGACGCCUACUAGUGAAUUCCCCCACCCUCUAUCUCGAGUGAGACAACAAAUUUUAUAUAGACUUUCUUAUCAAAUUGUUGAUAUGAUGGUUUGGCUUGGAAUAAGGGAUAUCAUUAACGAGUUUAGGAAAAAAACAUUAGGUAUAAGGCCUGUUACAUAUCUAAGUGGAUCCUAUAGCUCCCCUCCUGAUGUCCCCUAUGGAUAUAUAUGGAGUCCUCAACUUGUUCCAAAACCUAAAGAUUGGGGACCUAACAUUGAUGUAGUUGGAUUUUGUUUUCUGGACCUUGCAUCAAAUUAUCAACCUGCAGACUCAUUAGUAAAAUGGCUUGAAGCUGGUAAAGAGCCUAUCUACAUUGGGUUUGGUAGCCUUCCUAUUCAAAACCCAGAGGAAAUGACGGGGAUUAUAAUUGAAGCUCUGGAAAUUACACAACAAAGAGGCAUCAUUAGCAAAGGAUGGGGUGGUCUUGGGAAUUCGGCAGAACCGAAGAAGUUUGUGUACUUAUUAGACAAUUGCCCACAUGAUUGGCUCUUCCAAAGAUGCAUUGCUGUGGUACAUCAUGGCGGUGCCGGAACAACUGCUGCCGGCCUUAAAGCGGCGUGCCCAACGACAAUUAUCCCAUUCUUUGGAGAUCAACCAUUCUGGGGAGAGCGAGUGUGUGCCAGGGGAGUAGGUCCUGCACCUAUCCCAGUUGACGAACUCACACGUGACAAGUUGGUUGAUGCCAUACGCUUCAUGCUUGAUCCUAAGGUCAAAGAGCGAUCUGUUGAGAUCGCCAAGGCCAUGGAAAAUGAAGAUGGGGUGACAGGAGCAGUGAAAGCCUUUCACAAGCAUUUUCACCUAAAAAAUUUCGAGGAUAAACCUGAGUCAUUGCCUGAUCAGUCAAGAGUAUUUUCUAUGCGGCGAUGCUUUGGCUGCUCUUGAUUUUUUAGAUUAAUUUUUCCUCUUUUUUGUUCCCUAUCUCAUCAUGUUCAGUCAUUUCCCUGAUUAUUCUGUAAUUCGUAUGUUAGGCUGCUGUAUGUAUUGCUUGUAUUAAGGAACGGAGAUGCACACAAGAUAUUUGAUGAAAAGCUCAGUAGAGCCAUAGUGAAUUGCUACGGGUUCUUCAAGGGACCCAAU